AUGAUGACGAUCAUGAUGAUGAUGAUGAUGAUGGUGGUAGUGAUGACGGCGACGACGAUGUUAUUAGUUAUUCAGCGACGGACGGACGGAUCUGAAGAUUUCUACAGAACUUGGAAUGAAUACAGAGACGGAUUUGGAGAUUUGAAUAAAGAAUUCUGGUUAGGAAACACAAACAUCCAGCGCCUAACCAGUCAGGGUCAGUAUGAUUUGAGGAUUGAUAUGGAAGACUUUGAAGGAAACACUGCCUAUGCUAUGUACCAAGACUUCUCACUACAAAAGGAAUAUGAUAAUUUUCGGCUGCAAAUAGGCCAAUACAGCGGAAAUGCAGGUGACAGUCUUAAAGUCCACAAUGGAUUCAGGUUCUCGGCGUGGGACAAGGAUCUCGACCAGUCCACCAGAAACUGCGCGAAGGAAUUCCAAGGUGCUUGGUGGUAUGUUGACUGCCACCAUUCCAAUCUGAACGGGAUGUAUCUCAGGGGAAACCACUCUACGUUAGGUAACGGGGUGGAAUGGAAUGGGUGGCGAGGACUGUAUUACUCUCUCAAGACAACUGUGAUGAAGAUCAGGCCCAGCCCCGUCAUCCAAGCUCCGAAAUCACCAUCGCUUAAUCCACCUCUGUAUAUUGCCAAAGGCCGUUAAAGCUUCAGAUACAAUUGCAACAAGACACACUACAUUUACUCGCAGUUUGAGCUUUGACUUACAAAGAAAACGUUUCUGAAUUUGGACAAACUACAUUUACUCGCAGUUUGUGCUUUGACUUACAAACAAAGCGUUUCUGAAUUUGGACACACUACAUUUACUCGCAGUUUGUACUUUGACUUACACACCAAACGUUUCUGAAUUUGGACACACUACAUUUACUCGCAGUUUGUGCUUUGACUUACAAACCAAACGUUUCUGAAUUUGGACAAACUACAUUUACUCGCAGUUUGUACUUUGACUUACACACCAAACGUUUCUGAAUUUGGACACACUACAUUUACUCGCAGUUUGAGCUUUGACUUACAAAGAAAACGUUUCUGAAUCUGUCGUGUAAAUAAAGUAAAAAUGUGUUUGCAUUAUUUAGCGACCAUCACGCAAUGGACUGCAACCCAUUACGCAAAAGGUCGCAACUUGAAACGUCUUUUAUCAUUGACAUAAAAAACAAAUUGUCCGCUAAAAAAGCAACCAUUAUUUAGCGACCGUCGUUUCAUUUCAACUUAUUUUCGUGAUUAUAUCCCAUUAAGGUUCAAGCACGCUGUCCAGG